GGCAGUGGAGGGCAAAAUUAUUUUGAUUUUUUUAAAAAUCAUGUCAAAAUGAAAAUGGAAGCGAACUAUAUAUAUAUUUCUUCUGGAGAUGAAGACGCAUCUGAUCCAAUAAUUGUCAUUUCAAGUGACGAUGAAACACCAGCCCCUCCUCGGCGGGGUGCUAAGACCGAGCGAAAAACACCUCUGGCUCGUGGUCGUCAUGGUCGUGGAACUGUCAAAAACACGAAGAAGAACACGAAGAAGAUCAAGACCAUAACAGACAAAAUUGAAGAUAAAAAACUUGGAGAAAUCGAUGAGAUAGCAAGGCCAAGGUCAGGUCAUAGUGCUAGUGCUGAGUUGCUCGAACGACAUACCGAGUAUACAAUACGACUGAGCCUCUUGGACCACACCCCAGGUGAAAUAUACCAAUUCAUCAACAUGGGUCAAGGCGACGAACCACCCGCCAAGAAAUGUAAAUGGAAGUGGGACGCAGACGACGUGUCAUCUGUUCCGAAUAAAUGCCUUAGUGACAUUGGAAACAGGAGUCGGCCGGAGCUGAUCAUGAGACGAAGGUCGUCUGAAGAAUUCUUUCAAAGGGAAGAAAUCAUAACAGAUGAACUGCCUGACCUUGCUGUGGAUACUAAGCUCAAAUCUAUUCGCAACAAACAUCCGAGUCCGUUAGACAAAACGAAACAUCGUCAUUCAAGUAAACAUCGAACUGAACACAAGUCGGAGAAACAUCGGAUUCCUAGUCGUUCAGAUUCCGUCAACUCUGAGAAACAUCGGCUAUCACAUAGACAUCAUAGUGAGAAACACAGAAAAUCAGAAAAACAACGAACAAAAAGUCAAGAGUGUGAUUCAAGUAGUCAGAAACAUGUGAGCUCUAAUAAACAUCGACAUAUGAGUGACCAAAGUCAUGAACUUCGCAUGAGUGACAAAAAGGAUAUGAAGGAAAAGCGGCCUUCAUCCAGUGAUCAUAAACAUCGGCAUUCUAAUCAGUCACAUUCUCAUCACCAACAUCGUCAUAAGCACAAAAUCAAGGAUGAAACUGCUAGAAAUGAUGUAAAGUUGCAUGUUUCUGUUGGUUCACACUGUAAUGAUGGUGGGAUCAAACAGGAUAAGAAGGUUAUACGGAGACAUUCUGAUAGUCUCGGGAAAGAACAAUUUCUCAAAAACAAUGAGUUAGGACUUUCGUGCCGGGGAUGUAUUAGCCCACGAGUUCUCAUAGAAAAGAGGGAUUGUGGAGGUUUUGGCUAUGGUAAAAAUCUGUUGUCCGACUUUCUGCGGACGGGUGGAUCAGGAAAGGUUGAAAGUGAUAUCACAUGUGCUCAGAUUGAUACCUGUACGGAGAUCGAAUAUGAAAGAGAUACUGAUCGAGAUUCGUGUGAUGGACGCAGUGAUAACGUGUCAUCAACGAACAUGAACUUUGGGCCCGCCGGUGCAAAUUUGAAUAUCAAAUUCAAAAUGACAGCGGAAAAGAAGCAACAGUUAGCGUCUGCUCUUAAAAGGGUACAUAUUCCAUCCAAUGCAUCCUGGGAUAAUUCGAAUCUUGAUUCAAAGCGUGUGCGACGAGUUUCAGCUGAUACUUCUACAAAUCUCAUCCGAUUACCAUCGCUGCCAGCGAGCGAUUGUACGAGUGAUUGUGGCUCAGUUAGCUCGAUUACAAAUCGCCAUUUUCUCGAUGCGUUGUCUGAUGUACAAGACGAUUGUGUCAGCAUCACAUCAGGUGAUAAGAGGGAGGAUCGAGCAGCAUCUGUGACCAAACCGCAGCUAAACAUGGCUUCCGAUCAAAGGCAGAACGAAAUGUCUUUACGCAUUGGUGAGUUCUCUGACGAUAGACUUGCAUCUGUUCCAUCUCCUGUUGCGGAAGUGACGAUAGUUCCUCCUGGUCCUAACGUAAAGAUACAAAAGACUGAUCCUAAGAUAAAGGCACAAAAGGCUGAACUGAAGCUAAAGACUGAUGACGUUCGAAAGUCAGAAACUCCAGCCUUGCAUUUGCACAAGUCUGUUACGUUGUCUGAAAUAUGUGCUCCAAAGACUUCUGUUUCUUUGCCGGAUUCAGAUGAGCUACUCAUUCCUGGAAGGACUGUAGUGACCUUACCUGUGUUAACAGAAGAGGAUACACACAGGGCAGAGGGUCUUGUGGAGGAGCUUGAGGGCAUGGUAGCUGACAAGUUGCCCGAGGAAGACUUUUGUAAUGUUGAAAGUGAUUCUGAAGACUUUCAUUCCUGCCUUGUAUCACCAUGUGCUUCCAAUUCCAUAGACACUGAUAGACUUCCCGGUUUGGAAGCAUCGGUGUGCAGUAUAAAACCAUUUGAAGAUGACAUUUUUAAGGAGCCAUCUUCGUCACUGUGUGGUGAUGGUCGGGUGAUUCAUGUUCCUUCUUGCCAUCCAUGCGUGACCAGUUUCUCAAACCUACAGAGUACUUCUGAAUUCACUGCGAUGCAUUCUAAGAGCGUUGAUGCAAAUUUCCAAGAGGGGCAUGAUGGGGAUGCACAAGACUUUUGUAAUGUUGAAAGUGAUUCUGAAGACUUUCAUUCCUGCCUUGUAUCACCGUGUGCUUCCAAUUCCAUAGACACUGAUAGUCUUCCCGAUUUGGAAGCACCGGUGUGCAGUAUAAAUCCUUUUGAAGAUGACAUUUUUAAGGAGCCAUCUUCGUCACUGUGUGGUGAUGGUCGGGUGAUACAUGUACCUUCUUGCCAUCCAUGCGUGACCAGUUUCUUAAACCUACGGAGUACUUAUGAAUUCACUGCGAUGCAUUCUAAUAGCGUUGAUGCAAAUUUCCAAGAGGGGCAUGAUGGGGAUGCGCUGGAUUUGAUGCAUGACUUCACGACGUCUGUUCGCGGGCCGACGAGACACUUGCUUGAAAAGGUCGUAAAUGAUGUGCUGUGUGAAAAUAAAAGCGACUUAAAAUGCCAGGGAUAUGAUUUAUUGAUGUGUGUGCAACAACUUCACCCACCAGAUCAUAGGUGUCCCUUCCCGAGGUCCUUCAUGUCAGACGUCAUGGACCGAUGUGAAAAACUGUUAAAAGGUGGCGGUGCUGAUGCUCAUAAUAGUGAUAUUCUCGGGAUUAUCCUCGCAGUGCAGUACUGUACCUCAUCGCUCGAAGCAGAACUCAUGAGUCGGAAACUGGGAUCUCGACGAGAGAUGGCAAAAUCGAUUAUAGCUCGAUGGUUCUCGUUAGAAACUAGUUAUGGACAUGUGGAAGAGUUGACAUCAUGGUUGAAAUUAGCAGUAGAGUUUGAUGAUUUAGUGAAGUCUCGAUGUCAGUCAGCAUCGGAUGAUGAUGAUGCUAAUGCUCUUGGCUUCCACAUGUCUUUACUGGGUGAAAUCCACAAGCUCCUGUGCCUUGUCAUUGCUGUGAGUACCGAGCCUUCCAUGCAUUGUGCCCGGGUGUCACGUAGCUUGUAUCAAGUAAUGGACCAAGAGGUCGAUGCUGCAGGAGAGAAGAUUCGAUGCUCCGUGUCAAGUCCGCUACUGAGUAUGAAGGUGUUGGAGUUGCUCUCGGGCGAUGUGGCGAGUCUUUGUAACAUGUCGGAGGACUUUGGCAAGAGUUGUAUGGUGGCAGAACUGUGUUAUGUAGCAGAUUACUUCCUGGCUCAGUGGAGGGUUGAAGAAGAAAAUCUCGAGAUGCCUCUCUAUAGACGGGUACUGGAGUCGUGCCGCCCAGACCAUCGUAAGACGGCCGAGAUGAUCGAAAAAUUCCUCGUGAAUGUUAAAAAUGAGAACUCGGACUUGGAAGAUGAUGUCUACAUAGCACAACUCGAGUGUCAACUUGAGGCUCUGAAUUUGGACCCUGAUCUAACGAACAACUCAUGAGACUUGGGAAUGGGUGAUUUUCUGCAUUUUGGAUUGGAGCUUUGAUUCUUGAAGAAAGUGCAAGACUUUUGAAGUUUAUGAGUGCUAUGUGUACCACCUGUGUUUCAAGUGACUUCGACGUCAUCCUAUUCUGUCUCUGAUCGUUGCUAAGUCCUUAUUGGUGAUUUAGUUUGGUGAACAUGAUGUGCAAUGUGUUCGUUUGAAAGGUUUUCUGGGUCACAGGGGUUUGUGAAGUCCGGAACUUCCUUGUAGAAAACUGUAAAGUGUAAUGUCCUGAUGUAAUAUACUUUUCAGUAAUUGGGUGGGAAAAUUUCAGUAAAAACUAAAUAUUUUUCUGAAGCCACGACAAGUGUGCUUCUCUAGUUCAGUCGGUGUAUUUAGUUGCAAAAUUAUCAGUGGGCAUUUGAGGUUGAAAUGGUGUCUGCGUGUGUUAUAAGUUCUUGAACUUGGUUCUAACUCACCUGUGAUCAACAGAAUCAAAAACAAAUAAAGAUAAGUCUUUAGUGAUUUUCGACAUCAUGAAUACUGUAAAUUCGAGCAUUACAAGGCCUCAUUGCAGAAAUGAAUUUCAUUAUUGGUUACAAAAUCUUACAACAUGCUGAACAUACAGUGUCAUAAAUACAUCACUAAUUGCCCUCAUUUUAAGUCUUAAUUACAGUCUAUUAUUGGUAAUUGGAUAAUUGGUUUUAAUAUUCUGUGAAGAUUCACAUGAAGGGCCAGAAUCUGUCUAUUCAGUAGUUAAACGCCGCUUUAAGCUAAACGCCCUUUAUGAAUUUGGCCCAUUGUGUCAUAAAUACAUCACUAAUUGCCCUCAUUUUAAGUCUUAAUUACAGUUUAUUAUUGGUAAUUGGAUAAUUAAUUGGUUUUAAUACUGCACUGUGCAAGUGGUGGACAUUGAUGUGAACCAGGAAAUGUUUGACAGCAUUUCUUGUUGCGGUUUCAUGAAAUUGGAACUUUUCUCAGUCUUUUCCUUUCAUGAAAGUCUGUAAAAUGUUGGUAACCUUUUUGGCAUGGUCUAGAAGGUGAAAUGAGUCCAAUAACUGUAACCAUGAAACCUGUUGACAAUUAUAAGUUGAAGCUCCUUUUUGUGUAGCCUCUGUUGGCAGACAUCUUUGUGAGCAGGAAACUCAAUCAAGGACAGUGAUUUGAUCUCAGAUUGGUCUGAUGAUCCGAUCAGAUAGGGAGAUAUUCCAUAUCUUGAGGUUUUCCCCUAGGCCUGUGAUUUACCAGUGAUAUGUCAUGUGCCGCAGUUGCGUAAGUGGCAUUGAUAAGGCUCACCUUGAAGAGUAGAAGUCACAAGACAGAGCAAUGCAUCUUGACCUCCAAGGUUGGAAUGCGAUACCGAAUGCGUGUAUGUUUUUAUGACUUGAUAACCACACGUUGGGCGCCAGGAUGAUGAAAUUCAGAGAGGUAACAGAGAUAUUGUAUAUUUUUGUCAAGUUUGACCUCCGAAAGGUACAUUUAAGACCACUUUAAUUCAAUAUGGUAUUGCAUAUAUGAAAGAAUUUAUCUUUGCUAAUGCAAUGAUAAAAUUUCAAACCCCUCAUGAAAAAUGCAUUUGUCUGCGAGCCAUUUUGCCAUUUGUGUGUUGUUGUGACAAGUCUUACCACUGGUCAGGUAUUUGAGUUCAGUAUUACAGCCAAACCUCCCUUAGCUCUCCCUUUUGAGAGACGGAUCAGCAAAGUUACCCCCUAGUGGCAAAGUGAUGAUUCACAGUUUAGAAGUUUAGGUUUUCCAUACCACGUGCGUUUCAAUAAAUAUUCUCUCGUCUGGGUCUUGUCGGUGACAUCUGGUAUGCCGUAGGUUAUUUGUCUGUCUAGACUGAUCUGGUAAUAACACUCCAUAUUUGCAUAAUAAAUGAUGCGUGGAAAUUAAAACUUUUUAACGAGCAGGGCUUUCCAAGUAUUACAAACAGGUUGUUAGGGUGACUGACAUGCUGAACCAGGGUGUACCAGAAAACCAACAGGCUGUCCCAGGCACCAACCGGUCAGCAGGCUGGUUUUGGUUUUUGACUCCCCAAUCACAUUCUAACCAACAAACACAUCGCAAAUGAGUAUAAACAAGUCCAUUUCAGCCUCAAAUUCUUUCUUAUUAGGGCUAAACACUGCAUAUAAUCAAUCCCAAAAAGUGAGUUAGGGGUCAUCGUAGCAUUAUCUCUACAUGAGAGAAGGAAUGCAUUUGUUGGUGAAUGAUCCUCAUGAUUUAACCGUGUAUGGCUCUUGGCACUUGCUCCACAGAAUGUUUCGGUGGAGGUGAUCAUGUGAUUGAAGCGUGUUUCAAGUGUUGUUUCCCCCAACAGAUGGUAUUUUUUGAGGAUCUUCGGUAUCGUGUUGUUUCAAAUCAUCAUGUGACUAAGCCUUUUGUUGUCUAUUGGUGACAGAUGUUACACCAACCUACAAGUACCUGUACUGUGCACACCCUCGCCCUGUGUGCUGCUCGUCUUUUGAAUCUACAUCAAUAUUUUGUUCAAUGGCUUGUGACCCCAAUAUGGAAGAGAUGACGAAGAUUUCAAACCUUUCAUCAAUCCAUCUGUGUAUUAGUCAGUGAUGCACUGAUCCCUUAUUUCAAGCAGGUUAAUAUCUGUAGAAAUGUGUGGAGUCAUACUGACUGGGCCAUUCUGCAGAAUCUUUACUGCUUCAAUGUACAUUUCACGACAGCUGUGCAUUUCAUUCACUCAUGAUUUAUUGGUUUUAUCUUCAUGCCAAUAAAUGCUAGUAAGUGUUGCAUGUCGUUUAGAGAUGAGGCAAUGCGGGCGAUUCCGACUGACAACGAUUAAUGAGUGUUUGAACAGAGGAAGUCAGGUUAUUGACUUAACAGUUGAAUGUGAUAUACAUUGUGUAGUUGACAGUCGAGCGGAAAAUACAUUGUGUACUUUACAGUGAAAUGACGUUUCCACAGCUUGUAGGAAAAAAGGCUAUUUGCUUGUUUUGUUGGAGUCCAGGGCUGCCAACCCAUCAGUACAUAUCAUUUCGAUUUCGAUUCCUCAAGUUGGCGAUCGGUAAAAUAACAUGAAACCUAAUGCUAUUUCUGAAGGGCAGAUAAUUUAUAUAGUUAGGUAGUUUUGAAAGUCUCUUUUAACGAUUCUGGAUUCAUUUGGAAUACUAAACAUUACUGGCAGAAAUUCUUAACAGUUCUAACAUUUUGGUUAAAAUACUGAAAAAAAUGGAAAUUUAUGCAAAUAAUGCCAGUCACUUGUAAAAAGGCCGAAAAGGGAAAUUGAUGCAAAUUCUCCUAAUGAUAUUAAACUGUGAUGGAGGGUGCAGCUGUGAGAUUCUAGUGAUGAUCAUUCAUCAAUAUGCCUCUGUCGGCUCUCUCCAUAGCAACCAAUUAUUAUUAUCACAUUUUAAUGACGGAAAUGAGGGUAGUAAAAAGAAAGAAUUAGGUGACAACAGUAUUGAGUAAAGUGCUCUAUUUAUAACAUGUGCUUCCUUGUUUGAGUCUACUAACAAUGUGUGCACAUGAAUGAUAUGAUGAUGCCUACGCAUUGAUGAAGUAGUGUCUACAUACAUGUGCAUGUUGACAGGAUGCUCAUUGAUGAGUCCUUUUGACACACAUAUGAGCAUAAAAUCUGUGCAGGUUUUUGCUAUUUCAUACUCGAGAUUUCAACAGCAAUGAGUAAGUUUUAAAGAAAUUUCUUCGUGAUUAUUGAGUAUGUUUUGAAUAAGAUGCUCUGUUGAAGCUCAUAAAGUAAUGUUAUCAGUAAUAUAUUGACAUUUCAACAAUGGGGGUUCUUUUGAGACUAUUUGAAUAUAGGUUAUCAGGAAGUGAAUAAUAAAAGGAAUCAAACCUUUCUACAAAUGAUUGUCUCAGUAGGUUUUGAACAUUCAGGUUUGACGGCAUCUGUCUCCACUAGAUUGGCGGUGGAAUGUUGUUGUUAUCAUCAGUAAACAAAGCAUUGAGAGGCCUUAUUUUUGAAAUAUCUCAAUCUGUUUAUGUAUGAAAUUUGCUGUGGUGUUGGGUGGACGAAGGUCAGAAGAAUAGAGAUACUAUCAAGAAAGACAUGUCUUUAUCAAUUCCUGAUACUAUUGGCAGUAGGUGAGUAACUGCUGAUACUAUGUAUACUCAACAUUUUAUGUUUUGGAUAAUGGUUAUUUUUCUCAAGCUUGCAAUAAAAUUAAUCAAGAGUAAGGCUUUAAAUUAGUGAAAUCGGAAGAUACUAGAAGUUAGAGAAAUGAUAGUGUGUGCAUUGUAAUUAGGUAGAGGACACUUCUGACUCUUGGAAGAAGCAUUUAAUAGAAAAGAUUGGUGGUAUUCAUUUCUUGUUCAUCAUUGUCCGCAUAAUGUAUCAAGUGAAUCUGUUCAUAUCUCAUACCUGUGGUAGAUUUUCUUAAUUAGGAGUGAAAAUGAAAAAGACAUGUGUGAAUUUGAUAGUGUCAGUGUCAUUGAUAAUUUUGAUAUUUGUUGAUGGCUUGAAUAGUUUUACCUAAAGGCCUACACCGUUUAUUCAAAAUUUGAAAUUGAAUUUGAGAUUUUUCAUUGCUGUUGUGUAUAAAUAAAGAGCAGGUAGUCAAUAUUCUUGAGGUAAAUUUGCAUUACGUUGACAAGACUGGUUAUUGUACAGCGGCAAUGUUUAUCUCUGCUUUCUAAAUGAACAGUGUAAGCCUUUAAAAGCAUCCAUUUUUCUGGGGGUUUCCCCAAGUGUGAAGCAAUAAUUAUGAAUUGGCGUCCAAAGAGAUGAAUUCUGCUAUAGUUUUUCUGAUGGUCAGCAUGUUGACAGAAGAAUCUCCACAUGCUUGCAGACUGUUCAGUUGCUAGUAUUAUGGAUUUCAUGCGAGAAAUUCCAGUAAAGUGAAAGUGAUUGUCAGACUUUGAAGCCAUCCAUUAUCAUUAUCUUUAUGCAUAUAUUGGGGUAGUAUCAAGUCAUUCCAUUUCGGGGAGAUGCAAGAGAAAAGGAUGCUUCAGGAGCCCCGUGGGUACACUUGGUUGCCAUGGCAUGGGUAAACCCUCGGGGCUUCAGAAGGGACAGGGAUGGAAGUUACACUAUAUGCCUAUUGGUUCCCAGGUACCAGGAAUGUAGAAUGCACGCCACCUAUCAGUGGACGCUGGAUUCUGAAAUCCGGUCAGAGUAAUGCUGUUAUCUUUGUACUUUUGUAACUGUAAAUAUUGUCCUAUAUCGUACUUCAAAAUUUCCAUUUUUGUAUUUUGAAAAUUGUUUACGUGCUGGUAUGAACUGAUUUUGUACAUAAGAAUU